CCAUCCAGUCUGCAGUAUCAGUCAAGCUGCUUAGAAAACAUAAAAAGAUUCUGUGCAGUGUUCCAGUAUAUUAUGGCCUCUAAUCUGGAAAGGGACUUUGAAAACUUGUAUGAAAGCAUAGAGAAAGUGGACAAACCCCAAAUGACAGAUACUCAGUAUAGAGCUGUGUUCAGGUUGACUGCACUCUGUCUUGGUGUGAUGUGUAUUCUUCAAGCAACUCUCAACAUCACCUUGAGACUGCACUUUAACUCUGAGACUGAGACUGAGACUGAACUGUUAAACACGAGCUACUACAACCUGACUAUAGACGAGCUACGGACCAGUUACGCUGACCUGGUUAAAGAGAAACAUCAGUUACAGAAUAGUUACACCAAACUGGUUAAGGAGAAUGACCAGUUACAGACCAGUUACACCGACCUGUUUAAGGAGAGACACCAGUUAAUGAGGAACAGAGAAGAACUCCAGGAGAUGUUUCCUAAAUUGGUGGACGUAAUCAGACUGGGAUGGAGCCAGUUCCACUCCAGCUUUUACUACAUCUCUACUGAAAAGAAGACCUGGGGUCAGAGCAGACAGGAGUGCAGAAAGAGUGGGGCAGACCUGGUGAUCAUAAACAGCCAAGAGGAAGAGGACUUCAUCAUUGAACAGCUGGGAAGCAAAACUCAGGCUUGGAUUGGUCUGAAAAGUAAAGACACAGACAGGGAGUGGAAAUGGGUGGAUGGUGCAGCACUCCAAACUGGGCACUGGAAUCUGGAACAACCAAAUGAUGGGAAUAAUCAACCCCCGGCUGGAAAUGUGAGCAUUAGGCAGAACUGGAUCCCUAUGCCUUGUGCUCAAGACGAACUGUGGGUCUGUGAGAUAACUGUUUUUGAGUGAUACGUUACUAGAAAAAAGGUUUAACUUAAAUCUACACAGCAGAAGAUGAUAUUGAGAUCCACUCCUGUCUGCCAAGAUCAGGAGUCUGAGGUUACAGUAGGAACAGACUCACUAAAACUGCUGAAGAAUGGAAAUAGACCAGGCGAUGUUUUUUCCAAUCUUUAACUGUCCAGUUUCAGCGAGCCUGUGCCCACUGUAGCCUCUGAUUCCUGUUCUUGCUAGUGAAAGUCAGUGGGGUCUUCUGCUGUUGUAGCUUGUCUGUUUCAAGCUUCGAUGUGUUGUGCAUUCUGAGAUGCUCUUCUGCAGAUCACAAUUGUAAAGAGUGGUUAAUUGGGUUACUGUAGCCUUCCUGUCAGCUCGAACCAGUCCAGCCAUUCUGCCAGCAGAAUUGACGCUCGGUGGAUGUUUUUUGUUUUUCGCACCAUUCUGUGAAAACUCUGUGAAAAGAGGCUGUUUUGCGUGAAAAUCCAAGAAGAUCAGCACUUUCCUAAACACUCAAAUCAGUCCAACAGGCAACAUCAUUUAUGCCAUGGUUAAAGUUACUGAGAUCACAUUUUCCCCAUUCUGAUGUUCGAUUAAUUGAGCAUUAAGGGUGCGUCUCAAUCAGCUCCCUAGGUCAUGAAUCGGUAUAUCGUGUACAUGAGUUCGGGCCCUGGUAAGCAUCCUGGCUCACUAUACAUUGGGACACUGAUGACUUAAUUUCCGGUGACAUGACUACUUACUUGCAUUGUAAAACACCACCACUGGCAUUUAUCAACAACAUGCAGGACCGAUAUCUUUCUGACAUUGUUAUUGUUCCUUUUCCGGCUGCUCCUGUUAGGGGUCACCACAGCAAAUCAUUGGUCCACGUAUUUGAUUUGGCAGAGUUUUUAUGCUGGAUGCCCUUCCUGAUGCAACCCUCCCCAGUUUUAUCCAGACUUGGGGCCAGCACUGAGAGUGCACUGUUACAUAUAAACCCAAUGGCUGGGGUUGGUUCUCUGGCCAGGAAUCAAACCCAGACUGGGGCAGUGAGAGCUCUGUGUCGUAACCACUAGUCCUCCAGUGACCCCGAUAUAUUUCUGACAUUACAUGUCAUAUAAGUUUGUUAGCUUAAUCACAUGCAUUUCUGUCAUGGUACUUCAAGCAGGAUUGUAGGCUAGCUAGUGGAUGUUUUUAGUGGAAGUUGUUGGACUCAAACAAACUGCAUAUAGAACGUCAAAUAAAGCUAAAAAUUGCUAACAUAAGUAAUUAUUUGAGAGCUACAACAACGAUAAAAAGCUACUUACAUUUGUUGACUAAGAGUUUGCCCGCCAUUUUUUUUUUAGCUAAGAGGCUUCAGAAAAUAUGAUGCCAUUUUCAGUAAGGGAACAUAGUAGGCAUCGAUGCUCCCGGAUUUUUUAGGGAGCAAAAGUUCCAGUGCACUGGAAGGAGUUUUGUGAUUGAGACAGCCCUCAAAAUGGCCGACUGCCUGAUCAGAGCCCUGACUACUGAACUAGGGAGCUGAUUGAGAUGCACCCUAACUGAAGCUCUUGACCUAUAUUUGCAUGAGUGGCUGAUAAUUGGAUAAUUUCAUGAAAGAACAGGUGUACACAUGUUCCUAUUAAAGUGGAAAACCUGUACACCUGUGUAUAUGUGUAUCUCUCUCUCUCUCUCUCUCUCUCUCUCUCUUUAUCACUAGACCAGUUAAAAUCCUUAAUCUUACUCUUUUUUCAUAUUGUAUAUUUGUGAUAACAUUGGAAUCUGUACAUGACUAGUCAGAGAAAGAAAAGACUUUCAAGGUUGACAAAGGCACGUUCAGUUUGGAAGGAAAUCCUUGUUUUCUUUUAUUGCUUUUCUUAUAAUUCUUAUAUUUUAGUUAGAUUUUUAUGUACUUUCAUUCCGAUCAAGUUGUGUAAAUUAUCUAUUUUCAAAUCUGUUUUGUAGGAAUUUUGUAAGAAUUUCUUAAUCAUGAUCCACUGGUCAUAUUGUAUUUUAUAUCUAAAAAACACCCAAACCUUGACAAUAGGAGCUCCUCAGCACAGCUAAAUUUCCUUCAAUCAGCAGCUCUACUGUCACAUCCGCAGACACACAUCCUCACACAUUCAUGUCAUCGUCUUGCCACUAGAGGUGCUCCUCUCCAAACACUCAAGCGAAAAUUA